AUGGCUCAAUUCUCAGAAGACAUUGACGGUGUGAAGCUGUCGAAUGGUCAUGCUGGCUUGUUCGACGACGAAGUCAACCGUGCCGCGUCGACAGGUAUCAACGUCUUGAUAAUUGGUGGAGGCGUUGGCGGGUUGACUGCAGCACUCGAAUGCUAUCGCAAGGGCCAUGCCGUCCGCGUCUUCGAAAGGUCACCAAGAGCAAGUGCUGGUGGCGACAUGUUCACCAUCGGCGCAAGCGGCCUCCACUUCCUAGACCACUACCCCAACAUGCAACGAGAGUACGACGAUGUCACCGCCCACAACCUCUGGAUGCGCUACCGCAAGUGGACAGGCGAGGACAUCGGAGAGCCGUUCUCCUUCGCCGCUGGAACUCCUGGCUCUGACAGGCACAAACAUGCCGCUAAGCCUCCAAUUCAAACUCAGCAGCGUCCGCAGUUUCAUGCCAUGCUGUAUCACCAGCUGGAGCGGUUUGGGAUAAAGGUCAGGUUUGGCAUGCGGGUUGUGGAGUACUAUGAAGACGUUGAGCGGAAGGUCGGUGGUGUUGUUACGGAUAAAGGGGAGAAGUUCGAGGCGGAUCUGGUCAUUGCUGCUGAUGGGUUGAAUUCAAAGUCUCAAGCUCUGAUUCCUGGACCUGCGGAAAAGGCGAAACCCACUGGACGCACUGUCUUUCGUGGUGCGUUCCCUCUCGAGAUUGCCACGGCGGACCCGCUCGUCAACGAGACGUUUGGGCUGAGAGACGGACGGUACCCCUUCCAACAAGUCUGGAUGGGCCCUGACACGCAUUGUGUCAUUCAAAGCUACGUCGACAAGCACGGCAAGAACGGCAGGCUCUGCUUUGGACUGGCGUUCCGCGAGCCAGAAGGCCAAGUCAGGAAAGAAUCAUGGCACGACACCGUCUCCAGCGACGAGAUGCUAAACGUCAUCGAUCGCCUCCCCGGCUGGCCCGAAUCCAUCAAGACACUGAUCAGACUGACACCACCAGAAACCAUCAUCGCCUGGCCCCUGAACCCCCGCGACCCGCAAUGGACCUGGCACUCCCCCGGCGCCCGCGUCCUCCAACUCGGCGACGCCGCUCACCCUUUUCUCCCCACCUCCGGCAACGGCGCCACGCAAGCCAUCGAAGACAGCAUCACCAUCGCCGAAUGCCUCUCCCAAUCCAACAAAGACGCCCUCCCCCUCGCCGUCCGCACCCACAACCUCCUCCGCGCCGACCGCGUCUCCUGCUGCCAACUCCUCGGCUUCGUCAACGCCGAGCGCCUGCACAAGACAGACCUCUCGUCCGUCAGCCAGGACCCCAGCAAGAUUGCGUUCAAGACGCCACGGUGGAUUUGGGGGUUGGAUCCGGAGGUGUAUGCGCGGGAGAAUUUCGCGAGGGCGGCGGGGAGUUUGAGCGAGGGAGAGGGGAAGGGGUUUGUGAAUGGGAAUAUUCCCGCAGGGCAUCGAGUGGAGAAGUGGAGUAUUGAUGAGAUUGAGGAGAGGCAGAGGAGGGGGGAGAGGCUUGAGUUGGAGGGGAAUUGGAGUUAG